AUGCAGACCCAGAUUCAGAGUGCUUGCGCUAAGGAGGAGCAAAUCUUUGAACAAGCCCGAGCUCGAUGGCGAGAGCUAAUCUCUUGGACCCCACCGCCGACGGGUUGGCACUGCCUUAACACAGAUGGGUCAGUCAUUAAUGCUUCGGGGAGUGUAGCUGCGGGUGGAGUAAUUCGAGAGGAGGAUGUGCGUUUCGUGAGUGCUUUUACAGCCAACCUGGGUGGAGGAUCUAUAACGCGGGCGGAGUUGAUGGCUAUUGUAAUUGGUUUACGGGCAGCUUGGGAGGUGGGAGCACGGAAGGUCGAGGUCCAGACGGAUUCCAGAGUGGCGAUUGACCUUGUUCAGGCUGCGACAGAGAGCGGUCCGCACUACCAGCUCGUCAUGCCGGUUCGCAGGUUGUUGGAGAGAGCCUGGCAGGUCGUCCUCAAACACAUCUACCGGGAAGCGAACGCUGCGGCUGAUUUCCUGGCGUCAAAGGGACACUCACAUGCAGUGGGCGAGCACAUGAUACAGACCCCUACUGCUGCUUUGAAUUUCUGGUUACUCCAUGAUUGUAUGGUAUUCAAACGCCUAGGCUGA